GUUUGGGUAGGAUUUUCGCUUCUCAUUCAUUCACAUAUAAGCCGGGUAUAAGAGGAACCAAAUUAAAUAGGACCACAUCUUGGAGAGAAGAGGAAAUGAACUUGAUAAUUGGUUUUGUGAUGUCCCUAAAAACUAUAGGGAUAAGAAAAUUAUGUUGGAAAAAAUCUAUAUGUACGCGCAUCUAGAAUAUUAAUAACUAAGCUGAUGCAUGCAUGUAGAAAAUUAAUAAAAAGAAAAGGUAGCCAUUAGCCAACAUAUAUAUAAGAAGAUACAGAGCGUGCAAUGCAUCAUUUGGACCGAUGGUUUUCUUGUCUGCUAGUGCUAGGUACGGUCGUCGUCGUUGCAGACGAGGGAUGCAGACUGCCUUGUUGCUGCUGCAGCAGCAAGCAGUAAUUCCUUCCUUUUUUUUAGUUAGAAAAUUACAGUAACUAAUAACAAGGAAUUACGUACGAAGUAGACUGUAAUUUCCUCCCUCCCUAGUUUGCGACGAAUUUGGGCAUCGAUAUAUCCAUCCGCCCGCCGCUGAUCUCUUGCUUGCUACUGCCUACUAGUACUAGCUGAUCCCUGAUAGAUCGUCUCCCUUGGCCAUCUUCAAUUCCUCCCGCCGGCCUCUUGCUUAUUGCCUGCUGGCCGGCGGCAUCUUCAAUUCCGAUCCAUGGCUGCAGUACGCUACGUAGGUGCCUGCAAGUUAUUAACUGCUCCAGCUAGCAGCGGCUAUUAUAUAUAAAUAUGAUCAAUCAAUAUAUGAAUUACUCCAAUGCAGAGGUCGCAGCAGCAGGAGGGCUCAUCAUCGACACCACCACCAUCAUCACUAGGCAAGAGGCCAAGGACGACGGCGGCGGCGGCGAAGCCGCUGCCGGCGACGCUUCGUGGGAGGUACGAGCUGCACAGCCUGAGAGGGGAGGGCAAGUCCGCGGAGGUAUGGGAGGCCAGGCAUCUCCGCACGGGCCACCCGGUGGCCAUCAAGAUCAUCAUCCUCAAAGGCAAAGGCAAAGCUUUGACGAUCAACAAAGCGGUGGAGCGGGAGGUUUUCGUGAUGCGUCUGCUCAGCCUCCGGCAGCCGCAGCACCCCCACAUCGUCCGCUUCUACGAGGCCGUCCGCUCCGGCGACCACACCUACAUCGUCAUGGAGCUCGCCGAGUCAGGGCAGCUCUACGACCACGUCGCCGUCCGGGAGAGGCUGCCGGAGGCCCCGGCCCGCAGGCUCUUCCAGCAGCUGGUCGCCGCCGUGGCCUACUGCCACCGCAGCAUGGUCGUCCACCGCGACCUCAAGAUGGAGAACGUCCUGCUCGACUCCCGGGGCGACGUCAAGAUCGCCGACUUCGGCUUCAGCGAGCUGUGGGCCCCAGGGAGGCUGCAGACGGAGAGCUGCGGGAGCCCGCAGUACGCGGCGCCGGAGUUGCUGGAUGGCCGCCUCUACGUGGGGCCCGAGGUGGACGUGUGGAGCUGCGGCGUCAUCCUCUACGCCAUGCUCUGCGGCCGCUUGCCCUUCGACGGCGGCACCGACGACAUCUCCGACCUGCGCAGGAACAUCAGGCGCGGCGACUUCCGGCUGCCGUCCUGGGUCUCCGACGACGCCCGGGACCUCAUCUCCAGCAUGCUCAUCGUCGUGCCGCAGAAGCGGGCCACCAUCACCGAGGUGAGGGAGCACCGCUGGCUACAGCCGGACAUGCCGCCGUACCUGGCGAUGCUGCCGACGACUAGUCCCGCUCUGCGACGACCAGCCGCGGUCGACGCUGGCACCGUGGAGCUGCUAGUCACGCGCCACGGGUUCGAGAGGGCCAGCCUGCUCCACCACCUCGACGACGACGACGACGGCUCCUCCGGCUCCGAGGAGGCGGUCUCGUACCAGCUGGUCCUCAGCGAGCAGUACGACGCGGCGGCCCGUUAUUACCAGCAGCUCUCCAUCCCCCCCCCCCCCCGCCGCCGCCGCCGCCGCAGUGGGCGCUGGGAGGAGGCUUGGACGGCGUCGAGCUCCUCCUCCACGAGUGUCCGCGCGAGACGAUGCGGCGCAUCGCCACGGCGCUGGGGCAGCUGGGCGUAUCCAUCCUCUUGUACCACAGCCACCGCCACCGGAUGGUGUGCGUCGUCCCGCCGCCCGGCGUCUCUAGCGCCUCCGCCCUGGGAAGCUUGGUCUUGUUCGAGAUCCAGCUCUUGACGGCCGGCCGGGGAAUUGAAGAGCAGUCCCGGUACGCGGUGCAUCUCAGGAGGACCUCCGGGCCGCAGCUUCCCUACCUCCGUGUCUGCUCGCAGCUCGCAUCGAAGCUCAGACGACCACGCAUGCAUCAAUAAAUAAAUUCCAUCAUCUAUCACUGACCAUCAAAUAUAUAUUAUGCUCAAUCUUACUAUUACUAUUUAUUAAGUGGAGCUUUCUUUUAA